GGUCACUCCUAAUCUGGCAUGCACUUGAAAGAGGAUAUUGAAAUAUUAUACAGUGCUCGACAAUAAAUUUUAGGUAUUCUUUAUAUACGUCAUCAAUCGUUGCUGCUGAAGACUCGUUACAUUGUCAAACCUUUGUAAUUUACGUCAGCCAAGUAAGAUACUCGGUCUCUGUAAUUGGCCCAAACAAGCAAUUGCAUCAUAAUUUGAUUUUUAGAGUAACGAGAGCGAAGUCUUCGCUCAUUGACACUUUGUUUCAACGGCGCAUCAUCAUAUUCAUAAUCCCAACACAUUCACAUAAGAGGACUCAAAAAGCAUGAACACUUCGGACUUCUUGCCACGUUGCAUUCCUAUGGAAACAUAAAUCCAACUAAAGCAUCCGAUUCGGCAUUUGCCCUAACCGAACUAUAAUUUAUUUAGAGAUGCUUGAGAGCUGAAGUUGCUGCAAGAAAGCCAUACCAAUUCAUACCCAUAGCAGCAGCGCUCAAGUGUUUUCGGCACUUAUAUAAAGUCGAGUGAUUCGCUUAGAUACACUCAAUCAUAUGUCGAAAUAGUAUAAUCUACAUAAUGCAAAAUUUUGUUUAAAUUUUGAUUAGUAUAGUAAACGUUUAACUUUACCAAUGAAGUAUGCUCCUUAUGGGAAAUUCACAAUAUAUUUUACCUUCCGGAGAUGCUAUGGAACGUACUUUGACUUUUAUUUACUGAGAAGCACUUUAAAACUUUCAAAACUUCUUGAGCAAUAUAAAUUUUCUAUCUCCAUUGAAAGUCGAAAGAUUUUUUGUUCAUCAGCAAAGCCAGAGCCCAAAAAAUAAGGCCGUUUAAAGCAGGGCUCUGACCUUGAAGCAUUGUAAUUUCUGUCUCAAAGGCCCAAGAAGCAACAACCUAAAACAUCAUCAUUGAAGAGUAACAAAGCAUCUUUCUUGGUAAGGUCAUAUCCACGUCUUAAGCUUUUUUUCUGUUACCCUAGGCCCUUGCUUUUUCCCUUGAGCCCGCCAGCACUUUCUUUCCUUUCCCUACGGACUUCUAACUGAGGUCUGAAACAAAAGAAGGUGAGAGCAAAAGCCACUUUCGCAAGCACUGUCCCACUGCAAGUUUUUAAAAGCACCCAUGUGUCCCCUUCCUUCCCGAGAAUCUCUUUUCUUUUUUGCUUAGCCAAAGUCAAAAGGAAUGAGGAGGUGCUAAAGAUGGAGGAGCCCUUAAAAUUAAAAGCAAUUUCUUUGAGAAUAUUGUCUCGGGAAAGCACGGAAUGGCAUCUACAAAAGCUUGUGUUGCCUAGUUGCUCUGCACCAUAUUCCCAGAAAGAUCAUCUUCGUUUUCUUAGGGCGGUGAGUCCUGCCGCUUUUGCUUGAUUUCUGUGAGAAAGUGGGCUCACACAGGUUAAUCAAAUCAGUCAGAUUCGAUUCUUCCCGGUAAUCACAGCCACGUAUUCAGCUAAGGCAAAUUAUUAGUGCAAAGUUACGCGCUUAUGCCGUGUUCAUUGGCCCUAAACAAACAAGUGCUUUGGGUUCUUAAAUGAGAGGUUGAUCAUGCGGCUGUCUUUCUCAAAAGAAUGCUAAAGCAACUUGAAAAGGUGACAUUGAGCUGGUAGUGCAGGUGAAAGAUGCUCAGCAUCUUUGGCCUAAAGACAAAGUAAUCGAGCUUAACUCCCGGAAUUGGAGAGAUCCAAACCCCUGGAAGCCAGCAAUUUCCCGACAUCGAAACCUCGAAAGACCUUUAGACUUGCAAGUGUAACAUCUGCAUAUGAAGGUAACAAACACUUACCCACUAGCAGAGCGCUCGUUCUAUUGCUUGUUGCAUCACCGAGAGCUCUAAACUGGCAGUGGUUCUGAGGAAAAAUAUAACAGCACGAUGACUUCGCCAGCCCCUCCACGCACCCAAGAAGAUUAUAAGUUGAAGCACACGAAACCUCAGCUCGGGGAACGAUGGCCCCAUGGAGGUGUCCGAGGUGGGGGCGGAUGGAUCACGAGCGAAAGAGCAGCAAGCACUUACGACCUUGUCGAACAGAUGUACUAUCUCUACGUGCGGGUCGUGAAAGCCAAGGAUCUUCCCCUGAAUCCUAUCACGGGAAACUGUGACCCGUAUGUCGAAGUGAAGCUCGGAAAUUACAAAGGCAAGACGCGGCACUUCGAAAAGAAGACAAACCCUGAAUGGAAACAGGUUUUCGCCUUCUCCAAAGAAAAGAUCCAGUCCUCUGUUCUGGAAGUAUUUGUCCGAGACAGAGAAAUGGUCGGGCGAGAUGAGUACUUGGGCAAGGUGGUGUUCGACAUGCAUGAAGUGCCGACUAGAGUUCCACCAGACAGUCCUCUGGCACCCCAGUGGUACAGGUUGACAGACAGGCGAGGAGAGACCAAGGUGAAAGGAGAAGUUAUGCUUGCGGUUUGGAUGGGAACGCAAGCCGACGAAGCCUUCCCUGAGGCCUGGCAUUCGGACGCAGCAUCAGUCCAUGGAGAGGGAGUAUAUAAUAUCCGGUCCAAGGUUUAUGUUUCCCCUAAACUGUGGUAUCUCAGGGUGAACGUGAUUGAAGCUCAGGAUGCCGAGCCCCUUGACCGGAGCCAAGUACCGCAAGCUUUUGUGAAAGCACAAGUCGGAAACCAGGUACUCAAAUCCAAGCUCUGUCCUAACCGAACAACACAUCCAUUCUGGAACGAGGACCUGCUAUUUGUAGCAGCAGAGCCUUUUGAAGAGCAGUUGGUGCUAACAGUCGAAAAUAAAGUGAGCCCUGCAAAGGAUGAAGUCAUGGGCAGAUUGAUAUUGCCGCUAACAGUCUUCGAGAGGCGCCUGGAUCACCGGCCAAUUCAUUCGCGCUGGUUCAACCUCGAGAAAUUCGGGUUCGGUGCCCUGGAAGCAGAUAAAAGGCACGAACUCAAGUUUUCGAGCAGGAUCCAUCUGAGAGUUUGUCUUGAAGGUGCUUAUCAUGUGUUGGACGAGUCCACCAUGUACCUCAGCGACCAGCGGCCAACAGCACGAGAGCUGUGGAAGCAUCCUAUCGGCAUACUUGAAGUGGGUAUUCUAAGCGCUCAAGGGCUUCCUCCCAUGAAGACGAAGGACGGCCGAGGAACCACCGACGCCUACUGCGUCGCCAAGUAUGGACAGAAGUGGGUGAGAACAAGAACUAUCCUCGAGAGCUUGAGCCCGAAAUGGAAUGAGCAGUACACAUGGGAGGUCUAUGACGCCUGCACUGUGAUCACAAUGGGAGUUUUCGACAACUGCCACUUGGGUGGGAAUGAGAAAUCGGCAGGUGGUGGUGGGGCAAAACCUGAUUCAAGAAUUGGGAAGGUAAGGAUUCGGCUAUCGACCCUCGAAACAGACCGAAUAUACACUCACUCCUAUCCGCUGCUCGUCCUCCACUCGUCGGGGUUGAAGAAAAUGGGAGAGCUCCAAUUGGCGGUUCGAUUUACCUCUCUUUCGCUCGCGAACAUGAUCUACCUCUACAUGCAACCUUUGUUGCCCAAGAUGCACUAUCUGAAUCCAUUCACAGUGAAUCAGCUCGACAGUUUGCGGUACCAGGCCAUGAACAUCGUAGCAGUGAGGCUCGGCAGGGCAGAGCCGCCGCUCAGGAAGGAGGUGGUGGAGUACAUGCUGGACGUGGAUUCCCACAUGUGGAGCAUGAGAAGAAGCAAAGCUAACUUCUUCCGCAUUGUCUCGCUCUUCUCAGGCGUCAUAUCUAUGGGCAGGUGGCUAGGCGAAGUCCGCCACUGGAAGAACCCCGCCACGACGGUCCUAGUUCACGUCCUGUUCUUCAUAUUGAUAUGCUACCCGGAACUAAUACUUCCGACUAUUUUCUUGUACAUGUUCCUGAUCGGGAUAUGGAACUAUAGGUUCCGGCCGAGGCACCCGUCUCACAUGGAUCCAAAGCUAUCAUGGGCGGAAGCGGUCCAUCCAGACGAGCUAGAUGAAGAAUUCGAUACAUUUCCUACAUCCAAGCCUCAGGAUGUGGUGCGGAUGAGGUACGACAGGCUCAGGAGUGUGGCUGGGAGGAUCCAGACCGUGGUGGGCGACAUGGCCACGCAAGCGGAAAGAUUUCAGGCCCUUCUCAGCUGGAGAGACACGAGAGCUACCAGCCUCUUCAUAUUUUUCUGCCUCGUUGCAGCUGUGGUUCUUUACAUAACUCCGUUUAAGAUAGUGGCCCUGGCCGCGGGCAUAGUCUGGCUUCGGCAUCCGAGGUUCAGGAGCAAGCUUCCCUCGAUCCCGAGCAACUUCUUCAAGAGGUUGCCGUCUCGGGCCGACAGCAUGCUCUGAGCUGAGGAGAGCACUGACAAACAAUCAGGGCCAGUAGUCCACAUUUGAUGUCCACUCGAAAUUCUACUUCUGAGUCGUACUAGUCCAGUUCAAUAACAUAAUGUUUUAUUCA